AUGUCCCUUGUAUAUAAUGCUCUACCUCGUUUGAACCCUGCGGUGAGACGAUCGCCGUGGCAGCGAUCGUUCACUCGUGGCGCACGUACCAAGGUGCCUUCGGGUGCAUCCACGCACCGGAUACAGGCCGCGAUGCCGUUUUUUGACGCAGAACAAUUUGCCAGAUUAUUAGAGAAGGAAGGGUUUUCUUCCAACCAAGCACGAGCCGUCAUUAAUGCGUUAAAUGACGUGGUGGAUGAAAGUACCCUGAAUGUCACCAAUGACUUGGUGAGCAAAGCUGAGCAGGACAAAACUAUCAAUCGCUACAAGGAAGAUUUUAAGCGACUCAAAUCCGAGAUUCAGCAAAUGGAGAAGCGCGAUGUGGAAGAAGUCAAGUCGGCCAAUGAGCGACUGAAAUCCGAUAUUGAAAAGUUAAAGAAAACCUUGCACGAAGAAUUGGUGAGAAGUCAUGCCGGUGUAAGACUUGAUCUGAAUUUAGAGAAGGGGCGUAUACGUGACGAAACGAUUGAACAACAUGAACGAUUAAAACAAACCGACGAAAAGAUUGAAAGCGAAAUUCAGGCGCUCAAGAUUCAAAUGGAUGGUAUCAAGCUUUCCAUUCUUAAAUACAUGAUCGGAACCAUCACCGGAGCAGGUACCUUGGUGCUGGGCUAUAUCCAUUUUUUCAGCUAG